AUGUCGCGCCGUCUUUUCAAUCGCGGCGGCCGUGCUGCUGCCUCAUCGACCAGCACCUCCACCACUGUCACAGCCCUCCCCGACUACGAGCCACUAUCUUUCCCUCUAUCCGAUACCGCCCGGCAAGAAUUGAUCGAGCUUUCGAACAACCGCGGCGCUGCGCCUUAUGAGAGCCAGCUGAAGGACUCCAUCCGCAACCUUGGCCUUAGCGUAAGCGAUCUGAACGAGCGCCUACGCAGAGGCCAGGAUCGACUGGCUGCAGUCCGUGAGCGUCGUGAGGAGAAGGGCACGGCCAAGACGGCCGAAGAGGAGCGCCUGGAAGAGGAGAUUCCCGAAUUCGAAAAGGAGGUGGAGAGGCUGACGCGAGACUCCGAGCGUGCGCUCAGAGAUACCAUUGACCGAAGAGCCGAGCUAGAGGACGAGGCUAUUGUCUUGGAGGAGCUCAGCACGACCGCCACAACCAACACAAUAGCUCAGACGAGAGGGGCGGCUGCUGCCCAAAGCCGACGACGACAGGCCGCCGGAGCUACCAGCGACGAAGAAGAGGAUGCUGAGAGGCAAGAUGAAGACGAAGAGGGGCCCGUGACGAGCAUCGUCGAUACGUUUCGUGAGCUCCGCGCCAAGAAGAGGGCCGAAUACACAAGCCUUGACGUCCACCGGCGGUACGCUCUGAAUAAUGACUAUGCUGGCUUCAAGAAGCUGUGGCAUGAAGCUGCAGCAGGCGAAGAUGGCCCUCCUCUGCCAGAUGCCUCACGAUGGUUCCUGUCCAAUGGCGAGCCGGACAUGGCAACCCCGAAUCGUGAUGGGCAGAAUAGCACCCGAGAUGAUGACGACGACGACAUAGCUGUCCAGCGGGAAACGAUUAGCAUAAACUGCCCCUUGACUCUCCUUCCAAUGACGGAGCCAUACAGAAGCCGCAAGUGCCCGCAUACUUUUGAAAAGUCUGCCAUUUUGGAUUACCUGACGCCCCGGGGCGAGCACCAAUGCCCCCAGACGGGCUGUUCUCAGAUGUUCUCUCGAGCCCGGUUUGAUCAUGAGUUUUACUUGGACGAGGCAAUGAAGCGAAGAAUCCAACGCUGGAAGCAAGCAGAGCAAAACCGGCGCGAUAUAGAUGACGAAGAUGAAGACGAAGACGAUGCAAACGAGUCGCUUGUUUUUGAGGCAGAGCACCAAACGAGAGGAGGCGGUACAAGAGGACUCAAGAGGGAAGCGAGAUGA